ACAGAGUUUGAAUCUGAAAUAACACACGCGUUAACAACGUAUAGGAUAAGAAAAUAAAUACUAUGAUCCGUCAUAACUCAAAAAUAACAACAAAAAAACGUCAAGUCACGGUCAACACUGUCAUUGAUAUCAUCAGCGACGCCAUCUUUCUUCCAAUGCCGUUGUGCUACUUAGUUUUCUAGGGGUGAUCACUCUCACACAUUCAAAGAGUCUUUACAAUUACCCAUGACUCCCCUGAAACGUAUGACCUGUCUCCUGUGUGUGGCCUUGGCUCGUAACGCGUCUGUCAGUGCGUGCUGGCUGUAGGACUUAAUUAACGGUAACUAGCUAGUGUUUGUGUCCGACAGAUCGGCUAGUUAACUGGGAGCCGUUACAGCGGAGUCGAGCCACAAUGCUGAAAUGUAGAACUGUAUGGAAAAAGCUUGCACCACUAGCUAGAUCCUCCUCAACUGUGUGCCGGCAGAAUGUGAGACGACCAGGGUUAAACAGUGGCAGGAUACCAACAUGUGUACCUGCAGCUCACAUGUCCACAGGGCCUGCAGGGGGAGGCAGAGAAAACCAGCUGUACGUUCUUCUGGUUGCAGCAACCUGCGUCGGCGGUGGAGUUUAUGCGUACCUAACUGUCAAGGGAGACAGCCAAAGAUAUCAGGACCGUAUCGAUGAAAUUUCAUCCCGACCAAGUAAACAAGCCGCAGAACAACCAGCCGCACUCAUCCAGUUAGAGCCUCCCGCUGUGGAAGCCAUUGAAACAGCGGCCGUCCCUGAGCCAGAACCUCAAGCAGCACCAGCAUCUUCACCAGAAGAGCCGAGCCCCCCGGCCCCCGAUGCUGAAGUACUGGCCCCCGUUGAAACAACUGAACCCCCCCCAGCAGCUGAGCCGGUGGUAGAAGCUUCCCCAGAGGAGGCAGCAGAACCACCUGCUGCAGCUGUGGUUGAGGAGGAACCACCAGCCCCCUCUGAGCCGUCCCCAGCUGAGCUCACAGAGCCGGCCCCUGCACCUGUUGCGGAGAGUGAACCUGCAGCAGCAGCAGAAAGCCCCUCAGCAGAGCCAACCGAGCCUCAGCCGGAGGUUGUGGCAGAGAGUGGAGACUCCUCACCUGCCUCUCUCAAGCUCCCCUCACACACACCCUACCUCCUUAUCGGUGGAGGCACCGCCUCUUUCGCUGCGGCCCGGUCCAUUCGAGCCAGAGACCCUGGUGCCAAGGUGUUGAUUGUGACUGAUGAGCUAGUCCCUCCAUACAUGAGGCCGCCUCUUUCUAAGGAACUGUGGUUCUCUGACGAUCCCAGUGUGACGGAAACACUGCGCUUCAAACAGUGGAAUGGAAAGGAAAGGAGUAUCUACUUCCAGCCGCCAUCAUUCUACAUUAAUGCAGAAGAAUUGGAUGGUGCAGAAAACGGUGGAGUGGCAGUUCUCUCCGGCAGAAAGGUGGUUCACAUGGAUGUGAGGGGUAACAAAAUAACGCUUGACGAUGACACUGAGAUUUCCUACGACAAGUGUUUGAUUGCUACAGGUGGUGCGCCAAGAAAUCUACAGGUCAUUGAAAGAGCCGGAGAGGAGGUGAUGAAGAAGACCACGUUGUUCCGCAAGGUCGAGGACUUCAAAUCCUUAGAUAAGGUCUCCAGAAACGUCAAGUCCAUCACAAUCAUUGGGGGCGGCUUCCUGGGCAGCGAGCUGGCCUGUGCCCUCGGCAGGAGAUCAACUGAGUGUGACCUGGAGGUGAUACAGAUGUUCCCUGAGAAGGGCAACAUGGGGAAAGUGUUGCCCGAGUAUCUGAGCAACUGGACGACAGAAAAAGUCAAGAGAGAGGGUGUGAAAGUUAUCUCUGAAGCGCUGGUGAAAUCUGUGGUGUGCAAGGAUGACAAAUUAGAAAUCCAACUGAAGGAUGGCCGAUUGGUGAAAACGGACCACAUUGUUGCAGCCGUUGGCCUGGAGCCCAAUGUCGACCUUGCCAAGUCAGCAGGUCUGGAGGUGGACUCUGACUUCGGUGGCUUUCGAGUCAAUGCAGAGCUGCAAGCCAGAUCCAAUAUUUGGGUGGCAGGAGAUGCUGCGUGCUUCUAUGACAUCCGACUGGGCCGCAGACGAGUGGAGCACCACGAUCACGCCGUCGUGAGCGGAAGGCUAGCGGGAGAGAACAUGACGGGAGCCAACAAACCCUACUGGCAUCAGUCCAUGUUCUGGAGUGACCUGGGACCUGAUGUCGGCUACGAGGCUAUUGGGAUCGUUGACAGCAGCCUACCAACAGUAGGAGUGUUUGCCAAAGCCACAGCCAAGGAUACACCCAGAGCUGCUACUGAGAAGUCAGGAACUGGGAUCCGGUCAGAGAGUGAAACCGAGGACACGGCUACCAGCGCAGUGGCCUCUUCGACGUCUGCUCCCGCCAUGGUGCAGCAGAAAGACGAGUACGGAAAAGGAGUCAUCUUCUACCUGAGAGACAAAGUGGUGGUGGGCAUCAUCCUGUGGAACGUGUUCAACAGGAUGCCCAUCGCGAGGAAGAUUAUCAAGGAUGGAGAGGAACACGCAGAUCUGAAUGAAGUGGCCAAACUGUUCAACAUCCAUGACGAUUAAGGUGGCGGCGGCCGGCACUUAUUAUGAGAGCGGAGCUUCAUGUGAGGACUGAACUCUGGCAGCCUUUGUGUUUAAGACGCAACUGAUCAUACACACAAAACAGGAGGAUUCAUGUAAAUGAUGUCUGAGAUAUUUUUCAAAUUUGGAGUUUGUAUCUGCUGCACCUGUUUCGUUUGUUUCUUUUUUUUGUUGUCCAUCUAGGAAAACUUGUCUCGCUUGUCUCAUCCACCGUUUUGCUCGUGUUUUUGAAAAUCACAGUCCAGAUGUGAUCAUCCUUCUGCUUGUCCACACCAGGCUGAAAAACGUGCUGAGCGUGGAUUAUUGUUUUCCUCUGUGAUCAGAGCAGCUUGUCGUGAGAGAAGCUGCAAUAAAGGCUAUUUUUAAAAGUGGGAGUGAUCCAAUUAUUAUCAUUUUUGCUCCCAGAUAUUAUCACUGAUGACGACAUGUAUCCUGACCUCCAUUCUGAGCUGUGAUGGUUGUUAAAGUCUUGUGUGGUUGAGCUCAUCUGUCCCGAAGCGUUCCAGUCACUGUGCACUGCUUCGCUCAUACAUGCGAUCUACAGUCGUUGGACCUUUUUUUUUUUUUUUUUUUUUUUUUUUCUUUUUUUUUUUUAAAUGAGGUAUGUUACAGGUCUAACCUCAGCUAAAAGCACUGGGCACAGGCAGGCUUGUAUAAAGGGCAUCUGACAAGUACACUUUACAGUGUGUACAAGUACGAUCAAAUUAAGCAGAGUCAAUGUGCACUCCAACAAGAACAACAUUAAGAUGAAGCUUGGCCUACUUAAUCCUGUCCGGAGGUAAAAAUGUUCAAGCAUGCAGAAGCAAUGGGUUUUUUUUCCUUCUGCUGUGGGCUUCUUGUUAUUAGGAUUGCGUUCAUGUUCUGUAUUCUCACACAUUUCUUAUCCUACUUGACACUGUGGGCUCCGGAGCGAUGUGUGGCACGGCCUUUUUUUUUUCGAGUGAGGCAGAACACGUGCAGCCAUAACGUCCCAUCGCUUUCUUUGACAUCAAUUUUGCAUGGGUAAAUGGCUGAACUGCCUCCCCGCUCUGUGUGGAGGAAUAAACAUGAGCUUCCACAUUUAUAUUUGAAUUUGCUUGGCGAUUUUGAAGAUGAAGUAAUUCGACCAGAAACGUUGGACGGCUCUGCUAAAGAUAAAUAACCUCUGGGAUGUGUAUACUGACACUGACACAAACAUGUUACACUUGAAUAAAUGGGAGAUUCGUUUCCUUCUUGAAUGCAA